AUGGAUAUUCAAGGCUUCCUGGACCAUGUGAACGAUCUGUCUGACUUGGAGUUGGCUGUUCUCCUCAGCCUUGUUGCACAGCACCAUUGCUUGAUCAAAACUCCUGAUGUGCACCUCGAUGAUGUGGCUUCAGAGCUGGCCCCGAUUGUCACAGAUAUCUUCAGCCUCUCAUAUAUCAUCAUCAACCAGGAUUCUUUGCAAUCUGUCGACUCCUUUGUAUCGGCUAUACUGGAUGACACGAGCGAGUUUGGCGAGACACCCGACCAGUCUGACAAUGACAUUGAAAAUGGCGGUGCUCUGCGCUCCAGAAUCGCUGGUGUCGACUUCCGUGGAGCAACCUCAGCUCACAACGGACUAUCGAAGCUGGAUAGUAGAAAAGUUGUCAACGUUGUAAUUGCGAAGAAUUUCGAUCGUGCCCAUGAGGAUGUGCAAAUACAGGCUCUCGAGCUCAUUCGGAGACGGAGGAUAUUCAGUCGAACAACAGUACAUACUGCUCCAAAGGUGUUCCUUCUGCUUCCGGUCGUUUCGACCUCUUCGCACGUCAGAUUGAACAAGCACCUUAACGAUCGAAUCUUCAUGUCGCAUCAGCACAGACCAGAAGAUGGGUUUCCGAACCUCGAGGAGCUGGAUGAGGCCAACAAUGUGGACGACAAUAAUUCCACGUAUUCGUACUCCACGUCGCCUAGUAUAAGACGUCAGAAAGCCGUCGCAAGUCGCCGCAUAACUCCAAAGCUGAUCAUAGAGCUUCGUGCUCAGGGGCAAGCAGCAACAAUCACCCCCGAAAUCCGGAGAUAUCUCCAAGAUGUGGUGGCUUUCCUCCGUAUGGAGAGAGGUAUCGACGGAGGCGUUACUCCUUAUGCAACGACUUUGUUCCUUGCUCUGGCAAAGUACCUUGCACCAUUCCACGGGUUAGAUUAUGUCACUCCAUCGCUUGUUGGGUUGGCAGCUAGAAAGAUAUAUCCACAUCGACUUGUGAUAGCCACUCCAGGUCGAGAACGCAGCACGCUUUAUGGCACGGAUCUGGCCACUGCACGAGAGCUGCUAGAAGACCUUGAUCCAGAGAAGGCCAUCCAGAACGUGCUGGAUACCGUUGAGUGUCCGACAUGA